AUGGCAUUUUAUGCUUGUAAUAGAUACAGAUUAAUAGUUUUGUUACUUUUGGUUUUGAUUAUGUGGCAGUUCUUCAGACUUUUGCCAGAUAAACCUGUCACACAAAUUUCGGAGGCUGGCAUAGUGGAGUUGGAGGAUGACAAAUACAAUAAACAUAAACAAGACAAAGUAAAAGUGAGGGUUUACUAUGAAGCUCUCUGCCCUGACUCCAAACAUUUCUUUGUGAGACAUUUGGGCCCAGUGACUGAGAAACUGUCCGAAUUCUUAGAUGUAACCCUAGUACCCUAUGGCAAAGCUACUACCAAAGAAGAGAAUGGAAAGUACUAUUUUCAAUGUCAGCAUGGUGAAGAGGAGUGCUAUGCAAAUAGGAUCCAUGCUUGUGCAAUAGAGGCUGUGGCGAACAUGACAACUUCUGUCAAGAUUACAGAAUGCAUGAUCUCUGAUAAUAUGGAUGCUGAUGGUGCUCUCGCUAGGUGUGCAAAGGAAAUGAAGAUUGAACCUGACCCAAUCAGCUACUGUGCAAAGAAUGACCAUGGAUCAGCUCUUUUAAAGAAACAUGGGGAUGAUACUCAUAUACUGAAACCAACAUUUAUACCAACAAUAACACUUAAUGGAUCCAGAGACAACCAACCAAAUAUAUUGAAAAAUUUCCUAUUAGAAGUAUGCAAAUUGAUUGAUAUGCCUUUACCACCUCCAUGUUUGUGA